AAGCAGCAGCAGCAGUAGUGUCCGGAGCGUACGUACGUGAGGGAGGCGGCGGCGGCGGCGGCGGCGGCGGCGGCGGCAUUGGACUAGGAUGCCCGCGAUUCGGCUUCGCUUCCUGAUCGCAGCUAAGCUCCCAACUGGUGCUUUGAACAGGUGUGCUGUGGGCCCUCCUGGAGAUAAGCCGCUAAGUGCUUUCGUUGGCUACCCACGUUAAAUAAGAGCCUCUUCUUCUCCGUACGGAAGCGCCAAAGAAGAGGCUUGAUAUUGUAGUUUUUAUUUAUUUUUGUUCAUUUAAAAUUGACUGUCGAAAUGAGAGAGGUUGAAAUGGCACAUUGCCGACCUGUGGUCUAAAGGACACGUUGACGACUCUGUAACCACUAGCUAGCGGAUGUAGCAUGUGUCCGCGGUCGUAGCCACGGCCAGGCUGUAGUUUUACUGCGUCAGUGAUGCGUUUCAACGAGAAGGAGCUGGUUUCUUUGAGCCGCCAGCCUUCGGAGAUGGCAGCCGAGCUGGGGAUGAGAGGACCCAAGAAAGGAAACGUUGUAAAGAAAAGACUGGUGAAACUCGUCGUUAACUUCCUUUUUUAUUUCCGGACUGAUGAGGAGGAGCCAAUUGGAGCUUUGCUGUUGGAGCAGUGUCGGGUGGAGAGGGAAGACAGUCAGAGCUUCUCUAUUGUCUUUCUCGAAGAAGCAGAGAGAAAAUACCUGUUCGAAUGUGAUUCUGAAGAGCAGUGUUUGGAGUGGAUAGACUCCAUUGUCAGGGCCAGUUAUGAGUUCAUGAGGAAGAACCUGAUAUUCUAUCGAACUGAAAUCCACAGACUCACUGGCAAGGACCCGUUGGAGCAGUAUGGUAUAUCAGAUGAAACUCGCUUUCAGGUCAGCAAUGGCCUGCAACUAACAGCUAAAGAUACCUCUUCUCUGUAGACCACCUACCUGUACCAAAUGGACUUUUUCUUUUCUUUUUGCCAUUCCAAUGUUCACACUUUGCUUAUAGUGACUUUUUUCAUUGUACCUGCUGUCACUCCUUACUUGUAAACAGGUUUUUAUGUAGAUGUUCAUUUGAAAUGAGGCAUUGCAAAGUGAUAUUUGUAAUUUUCUGUUGUCAGUGCCAGUCAUUAUAGGUAAUGUUGGGCUUUGUUUAUGCCACUUUUUUUUCUCCUUGUAGAGAAAUUAUACAAUGCUUUCUAUAGUACAGUAUUGUCAGACUUUAAUUUGACUCCCUGUACUGAACAGGUUUAAUACUGUAUUUUCUGUUUUACAUUUCAGGGGUUCUCAAUCCGGUCCACAAAUACUCUGAUCCUGCACAUUUUCCAUCUCUCCCUGCUCUGCCACAAGCUGAUUUGCUAGUUCAGGUGUCUGUUAGGAGUCGAUUGGCUGUGCACCUGAAUUAACAAAUCGGCUUGUAGCAGAGCAGGAAGAGAUGAAAAAUGUGCAGGCUCAGGGGUCCUUGAGGACCAUAUGGAGAAGCAGACAAUGUAGUAUGAGCCUCCUGUAGUAGUUGUCCUGCACACCUGACCUUCAGGGCUUUGAGUUACAAUCAUUUCUGCCUUAAGCAAGAAUCAGUCCAGGAUCUAUGUUUUUGGUAUAUACAGCCUUUAAUACAGUAUAUGGAUGCAUUAAAGAUGCUUACAUACUUUCAAAGGA